UUGUCUAUGCGCCGGCCGGGCCCGGGACUGGUCUAAGAGAAUACCCACCUACCUUUCUUUAAGCGAUCGAUUUACCUUCGCAGUCUUUCUGAUUGUUGUCUGCGUUGUUGGAUUGUCGAGUACGUGCUGCAAAGCCAAGCAGUAAGGUUUCAAGAAUGGCUCGUCAAACUCGGCUUGUUCUUUGGACUGCAGCUUUGGGUAUAUUCUUAUUUAUUCUGUUACGUUUAUUCGGACAACAACCCCAUCAAGCUACUCUGUCCUCGUCGUUGGUCUUUCAAAAUAAAGAAGAUGUCAGUAGCACAGAUGAAAAGACACAAGAAAUUCACAUAGCAGCAAUUGUCUGCGGCAAUCGUACUACUUUAGGUUUAACUAUGAUGAAAUCUGCUUUGAUUAUGUGUAGUGAUUUCAUCAGAUUCACGUUGUUUGUCGACAACGAAACAAGCGGUGUCUUGAAUGAAACAAUACAGCUCUGGCCCGACAACAUUUUAAAACGCAUGUCUCUCGACAUGCGUCCUGUAAGUUACCCUGAAGACAACACUGACGAAUGGAACACAUUAUUCAAACCAUGUGCGUCCGUUAAGCUUUUUUUGCCAAGUUUGCUAAAAGAAGUGGAUUCAGUAUUGUACGUGGAUGUUGACACGGUUUUCCUCAGCCCUCCGUUGCAUAUUUGGCAACACCUGGGCAAAAUGAAUCAUACGCAACUGGUUGCUCUCGGUCCUGAGAUGCAGGAUCAUACAAAAGGAUGGUACAACAAAUACGCAAGUCAUCCAUACUACGGGAAAUUCGCCAUAAAUUCGGGAGUGAUACUGAUGAAUUUGACGAAAAUGCGAAAAUUCGGUUGGGAAAAAUAUGUCGUUCGCGUAAAUGAACAGUAUAAAAACAGAAUAGUGUGGCGUGACCAAGACAUCAUUAACAUCAUCUUCCAUUUUCAUCCCGAAAAACUUUACGUCUAUCCUUGCAACUAUAACUACAUCCCAGUACACUGUUCCAUAACGAGCCUUUGUCAGGAAGCUGAACAACAAGGAAUCUAUAUCCUUCAUGGAUACUAUAACGCUUUUAUUAACGACCACCUACCCGCGUUAAAGGCAAUCUAUACUUCCAUGCAACAAGUGCCAUUCCUUUGGCGAUAACUUACAAAUGCUGUUCGUCAAUAUGAAAGAAAACCUUAUGAAAACUCCAACUUCAAGUUGCAGAAAAGUGAUGAGCUCCAUUCUCAAGCUCUUGAUGGUUACUUAAAUACACGACAUUCCUGAGUAAAAUAUGAAUCUUGUUGAAUGUACAUGUGAUGAUGUGAAAUAUACCUACGUACUGUACCUA